UUGUUUUUUUUAAAGACAGGAAACGAAUCGUCGAUGUGUUGUUGGGGUUUAACGUGUUUUAAUGCUCGUAGUGUCGAGUCGUAAUUCGUUGGAGAUGAUGAUGUUCCUAGGGAUUUUGAGGUUAAAAGUUAGCGAAACCACGGUGUAGCUCCGCAAUGACAGGUAGCAGCUGCACUUUAUACCGGAACUCGACCGACCAGUAGCGGAGCGCACUUCGGGGGCUGAACUCUCAAGUUCACUUUCUGAUCGUUGGUGGAAUCGUUUCGGUCGCUGAUCGAAGCUAGUGGCAUGUCGCCAGCCAGCAAGGUCGCCGCUCCGGGUCUUGCAUGUUGACCAAUGGGCGGCUUGUCCUCUGGUUAACCAGGAAGACGCUCGAGUGGAGGCGGACAACAGGAAGAAGUCGGAGGGAGCUCCGCAGCGUCGCCGCUAUGGGAAGCUCCUGCAGCCAGCUGGGGGUCCCACCGCCCAGGGGGCCCCGUCACGUGGGCUGCACCGACCUGAUGAUGGGACACACCGCUCAGGGCUGCUUCUUCCGUCUCUACUAUCCAUGUGAAGAGACAGGAAAAACAGAGAGGCCGAGCUGGAUCCCCUGCAGGGAGUAUUUCAACGGCCUGGCUGACUUCAUGAAGCUCAACAGGACGUUCACUGUGCCCAUCUUCCACUACAUGUUUGGAUCCUUUAAGAUCCCAGCCAUGCCGGACGCUCCGUUUAAAUCAAAUGAGAAAUACCCCGUGGUUAUAUUCUCUCACGGAUUAGGAGCUUUCAGGACGUUGUACUCCACCAUCUGUGUGGAGCUGGCAUCUCAGGGCUUCAUCGUGGCCUCAGUGGAACACAGAGACUCUUCAGCUUCAGCGACUUACUACUGCCACGAGGCCACACAGUCGGAGACCAUGGUGCUCAAGUCGAAUGCCUUGCAGGAGUGGAUGUACUACCGAGCCCUGCAGCAGGGAGAGAAGGAGUUCCCCCUCCGUAACCAGCAAGUGAAACUGAGAGCGAAAGAAUGCGUGGACGCUCUGGAGACUCUGGCGGAGAUCAACUCAGGGAAGCAAGUGACAAAUGAUCUCCAGACCCACUUCGACUGGACGACAUUAGAGAACUCCAUGGAUCUGUCCAAAGUGUCAGUGAUGGGACAUUCUUUCGGAGGAGCCACAGUGAUUCAGGCUUUGUCGCAGGACGAUAAGUUCAAGUGCGGAGUAGCUCUGGAUACCUGGAUGCUGCCCGUCGACGACGAAACAAUCCCCAAGGUUCGGCAGCCGAUUUUCUUCAUCAACUCGGAGAGAUUCCAGUGGCCGUCCAACAUCUGCCGCAUGAGGAAGCUGGACUCGGAUGUGGUGGAGAGGAAGAUGAUCACCAUCAGAGGAACUGUCCAUCAAAGCUUCCCCGACUUCACCUUCAUGACUGGAAAUUUAAUCGGGAAGUGGAUGAAGCUGAAGGGAGCGAUCGACCCUCACGUUGCCAUGGACCUGUCCAACAAAGCCACACUUGCCUUCCUGCAGCGCCACCUAGGACUGAAGAACAACUUCAACCAGUGGGACCGGCUGAUCGACGGCGAUGAUGAAAACCUCAUUCCUGGAACGAAUGUGACUCUCCAGGCUUCUCUCUGAAUCUUUCCAGAGACAUUUAUAUGGAAACAUAUGUACAAGCAUUUUAAUUGGCUUUAUGCCAGCCUACUUUAGUUUUAUGAAUGUUUUUGCCAUCAUCAGAAACAGCCAACGUAAGCUGAGGAACACUAGUUUGUAGAAGAGACACUAAAUUCUGGAUGAGUUACUAAAUGCACAUUUAUGCUGUAAAACAUGUAUCUGCUCGUUCAAUCAUCUCAGGAGCUCAAUAACAAAAAGCAGAAAAAACAAUUUAUCACAAACCAUUGAUAUUUAUUCUGCCAACAAAAAUGUAUCUUGCAAACUCUUGUGUAACAAACCUAAACAUGCAAUCACAGCUCCAACAAACCGGUGACCCACCAACUCGGCCAACAAUAAUAAACUCAAAACGUGUUUGUGACGGUAA